AUGAUGUCUCAUCUAUUCAAUGUUCAACAUCCACAUAUAAUCAAUAAAUCGUCUUCAUCUUCAUCAUCUACAUCCAAUACUCCAAUGUCUGAACAUAUCAAACGACCAAUGAAUGCAUUUAUGGUGUGGUCCCGUGGACAACGUCGAAAAAUGGCUCAAGAAAAUCCGAAAAUGCACAAUAGUGAAAUCAGUCGACGUCUAGGUGUGGACUGGAAAUUAUUGAACGACGAACAAAAACGACCCUUCAUCGACGAAGCGAAACGCUUACGUGCGCUGCAUAUGAAAGAUCAUCCGGACUAUAAAUACCGUCCUCGUCGUAAACCGAAAUCUUUGAUAAAAAAAGAUCGUUUUCCAUUUCCAUUUCCGACAUUUCCUCCUCCGCCACACCAUCUUCAUGCGCACCAUCAUACAUUAUCAAGUAAAGAUUCGAUGGACCUAUCCGUCAGCUCAGCAACUGAUGCACUGUCUGUCCAACAACAGCUAAAUGAUUCGUUCGCUUUAAAUCUGGAGAAAUGUCGAUCGUUAUUGCCUCCACCUCCUCCUACUUCUCUUUAUCCAUAUUCAACAGGAAAAUUAAAUGAUUUUUCGACUGCAGCACUUGCUUAUAAUCCACUUGCCUAUGCCGCCGCGUUUUCCACCCAUUAUCCAUAUAGUAGCAUGCUAUCGGCCAGUUUAGCUGCGGCUGCUGCCGCAACAUCUUCAUCGUCACCACCGAGUGUUUCAUCUCCUUCAUCAUCAACAGCCUCAUCAAAUAAUUCUGCAAAUCCUUAUCACUUCGGUAUGUCAACCGAGAAAAUUCAUCGACCACAAGCACUUUUACCUGGUAAAAUACAAUAA